UUUUCCGCCACAUGGGGAUUGGUGGCUGUGCUUGGGACAGGGUUUAAAUUCCCCAAGGUCAGAGAUGUCAGGCAGUCAGGGGACAAGGGGAGAAGGACAGAGCUUCUGGGAGCCAACUGACUUGAGCUGCUGCUGGGAUCACUAGGAGUGCUCUUGCUGCAGCUGACUCCUCCAGCACCAGAAAAGGUAAAACAUCACAAUGAAGGUGGCAGUUCUGUGUUUAUGCCUUAUCAGCAUCACCACUGCAUGGCCAGUGAGUAAAUCCAAGCAGCAUGCCAUUUCUGCCAGCUCCGAAGAAAAAUAUGACCCCAGGGGCCAUCACUUGCACAGAUAUCACCAUGACCGUGGGAAUUCUCAGUCUUGGGAGAGUCAGCAGCACACACAGACUGACCUGGCAUCACCUCAGCAGACCCUUUACUCUUCAGAAGAAAGCGUGGAUGUCCCAGUGGAACCGCACUUUCCUGAUGUGUCAAGCAAAAGCCAUGAAGAUGUGAAUGACAAUGAUGAUGACGAUAAUGAUUCCAAUGACACGGAUGAAUCCGAUGAGGUUGUCACGGGUUUUCCCACAGACAUUCCAGUCACUGUACCAUUCCCCCCAUUCCCUUUCACCCGGGGAGACAACGCCGGCAGAGGCGACAGCGUGGCCUACAGGAUGAGGGCAAAGGCUGCACUGGUGAAGUCUAUCAAACUCCGCAAAGAUGCAAAAAAGGUCAUGUAUGAUGCCACUGUGGAAGAUGAGAGCGAUCUGGAUGCAGACAGCCAGCGAGCAGGGUUCUCCCAGGAGGAUUCUGCUUCCCGCCGCUCCCUGGAGAAGCAUGCCAUCAGUGUGGAAUGGUCUGACAAGAGCCACGGGCAGGACAGCAGCGAGCUGGACAGCAAUCAGCCUGACCGGAGCAUGGAAAACGACAGCAGGCAGAAAUUCGACAGGCAUGAGGCACACACAGCUGCACAGGUUUUCCAGUGAUGUAUCUUGAAGCAGCAUUGUCAUUGAGGAAACCUGCUGAACUCAGCCUUUGGGUAUUAAACCCCUUGAGGAAGCCGCCUUACCUCUUCCAGAGCUGUGAUCUCCUCCUGCCCAAUUUCACUAUCAUGAUACUGCUUCAGGCCAAAGAAGUUGCAAAGAACUGCUACAA